GAAAACAAAUUAGCACAGUUCUUAAACCGAGCUGAGCUUUUUUUGGCUGAUUGGCUCUCUUCUUCUUUCUCUCGCCGUUGGCUCUGUCAAUCGUCUACUUCCACCAGAUCUUCAUGCUCUCUUCUUCACCUCACCAAGCCACUUCAACCAGAUCUUAAAAGAUAAUUUCUUUGUUAAUUUCCAGUUUAUGAAAUGGGAGAACCACAAAUGGGAGAUCUACCCACAUCAAAUCCUGUUAUUGAACUAGAAGGGGAUGAAUUUUGGCCACUUUCUGGGAAACCCUUUUUUGAUGUGGUUCUGACAAAAACAACUAUCAAACCCAAGUACCAACUGGUGGUCCCAGGCAAAUUUAGUGCAACACUACCUUCCUGUUCAAUCCCUACAGUUCUCACAUUUCGGGGCAAGAACUGGGAGAUGAUAUAUCAUGGAUCAUCCAUUUAUAAAAGGCUUGAUAACUGGAAAGCGUUUGCCAUUGACAACAAUUUGAAGGUUGGAGAUGCAUGUGUUUUUGAACAACUCGAGUGCAGUAGUAUGAGGCUAGUAUUUAGAGUCCAAAUUCUCAGAGGUGACAUCCCAUCUAAAUUUCUAGACAAGCUCGAUGGUGAUAAUGUAGAUGCACCAGUUGUUCUCGAAUAGUAUAUGUCGUAUUGUUUUUUACUAGAUGUUAUCAAUUUCCCGAAUGAGAUUACUUUCGGGAGCUAAUAUGAUUUGAAUUUGAUGGAACUCUAGCAUAGACUAUUAA